UCUAAUUAUCCACUAAUUUAAUUGUUCUGAUUCCAUUUUAAUCAAUUGGAAAUGUUUGGUGUUAAUUGUUGAAAACUUUUUCGAUCGUUGGUUUAUUGCUGCCUGGUUCUUGGAUUAAAUUUACUGGAAAUUGUUGCUUUUUCGGCGAAUCUUGUUGUUAUUAAUUCAUUUUCGCAAUUUAAUUAGCUUUUUAAUUGUUUUUCGUUUAUAAUUAAUUUUUUUUUUCAAUAUUUUCUUCAGUAUAUAAUUACAACUCUUUCUCAUUUAGAUUUCUUUUCAAUUCUUUUUAUUUAUUUACUGUUGUUGUUGUUUUUCCUUCUCCUUUUUCUGAGUUUUGUUUUGUUUUCCUUUUGCUGAUUUGGAAAAUUAAUUGUUUCUAACUUAUAAUCAAUCCUUUUAAUUCAUUGGAAGUUAAUUCUGUAUAAUCAACUUAAAUUUCUCCAUCUUAAUCGGUAAAUUCUUCCAAUCAUAUUCUUGAUUCUCAAUUAUCUCUUUCUCUGUGUGUUAUAACAAUAAAAUGGACAAUCCGGUUGGAAUGGACAAUAAACCAAUCGCUAGGACAAAUUUUGGAUCCAAUUUCAAAAUUAUACCAACGAAUGAUCAAAUUAAGGAAUUACAAACAGUAAUUAGAGAUAGAUCAACCUCUCGAAGUGAUUUCGUUUUCAAUGCUGACCGUUUAAUUAGAUUGGUUGUUGAAGAAGGUCUUAAUAGUCUACCUUAUGGAGAUAUGGAUAUAAUUACACCGACCGGUGAAACUUACAAUGGAUUAAAAUUUCUUAAAGGUAAUUGUGGUGUUUCAAUUGUCCGUAGUGGUGAGGCCAUGGAACAAGGUUUACGUGAUUGUUGCCGUUCCAUUCGUAUUGGUAAAAUACUUAUACAAAGUGAUGAGGAUACUCACGAAGCUCGAGUUCUUUAUGCCAAAUUUCCCGAAGAUAUUGCCGAUCGAAAGGUUUUACUCAUGUAUCCAAUUAUGAGCACUGGAAAUACGGUUAUCAAAGCAAUUAAGGUUCUUAAAGAUCAUCAUGUUAAAGAAUCAAAUAUUAUUCUUCUCAAUUUAUUCUGUACACCUUCAGCUGUUUCUAUGGUCACUAAGGCUUUUCCAUUGAUGAUAGUUCACACUACUGAAGUUCAUCCGGUUGCUCCUAAUCAUUUUGGACAGAAAUACUUUGGAACAGAUUAAUCAAUUAAUUGUUAAAAUAGAUUGUUGUGCCUGUUGAUCAAAUUAUCAAUCAGAAAUCUAGACUUGAAAAACUUUAUAAAAAGUUAACCAAUUGAAAUAAUCAAA